AUGUCUACGAAUGAUUUAGAUGCUGGUGGACAAGCAACAGCGGUUCAACAGCAACAAUCACAACCAAUCGAUGAAACAUGGAAGAGAGUUUGGUCAUUGGGUGAAAUGAGAGAUUCAUCGAAACAAUGGAAUCUCGCCUCCGAUGCAGGUCUGCUCAAUUUCAUGCAAGACUUUGCAAACCGUUUAAUCAAUCAAACAAAAGAGUUGGAGAAUCACGUCGAUUCACUAGUUCACGAUGUAAAGUCAACUCAUGUAAAAGUACACAACACCUUUGAUCAAUUCUUAAUGCUUUCACAUUCACAAUUCAUUGAAAAUAGAGUUUAUGAAGAUAAUUCAGAGGUUGAGAAAGCAGGUGAGAUGGAGACUGCUGGAUCGGCAAAUGAAGUAAAACCAGAGAUUACAGAGGAGAUUCUUAUUCCAAAGUUUACCAGUGCCAUUCAAUUGGGUCUGGCAGCAUUGGAAAAGUCAAACUCAAUGAGCAAUGCAAUGGAGGUGUCAGAGUUGUCGCCAACCUCCUCGAUUGUCGAUGGAUCCAACAUCGAUACAAUGUUGGCAGAAGGUGAGCGUCCAGCCGACGAAAACAAUCAACAACCAAAGAAACCAGAGAAACUCGACCACUACUUACGUUAUCCACUUCCACACAUCAUCGGUUCACAACAAUUCAAGGAAGAUGAUUAUUGUGGUCUUUUCAUUGAAGAAUCAGAUACAGAAUCAAGUGAAGCAAGUGAGUCAGAAUCAGAGUCAGAAUCAGAGGAUGAAGUACCACAACUUCCAGAUGGUUUGGAGGCUAAUCCAGAUGGAAGUUUAUCAUUGUCCACCGAGCCAACAAGACCACCAGUUCUCUUGGACCAAACUUCCUCAUUCUUACAACCAGAUCAAUCCUCAUCCAGCAACUUGUUCCAGGAGGACGACAGUACAUUUAGUAAUAAUAAUGAGAAACAAGGAUCAUCAGGUGAUCUUUUCGACGAUGAUAUAUUCACUUCUGCACCAUCUUCUAAACCAAAAUCAUUUACUACCAGUUUAUCAGAUAUUUUGGGUGAUGAUGACGGUGAUUUGUUUUCAUCGGCACCAAAGUCAUCGACCUCAACAACAGAGAAGAAAGAUGCUUUCCAAGACGAAUUGGCAAAUGCUCUCGGUGGUGGUUCAAAGAAAUCUGCUGUCAAGGACGACGAUUUGUUUGGUGAUGAUGCACCUGCUACUUCAACCAAAUCAACCAAACCCAAAUCGAUGUUUGAUGACGAUCUCUUUGAAGAUUCACCAGCCGCCAGCACCUCCACUGCUGAAAAGCCAGCAAAGAAAACUGUCACAUUCGAUGAUAGCAUGUUUGGAGAUACUCCUUCCGAGAAGCCAAAGACCACUACCACUUCUACCGCCAAGAAGUCACUCUCUGACUUGUUCUCCGAUGACAGUAUGUUUGGUGAUGAUGAGCCAGCAGCAGCUCCAAAGAAGGAUACAAAGAAAUCGAUAAGUUUCCUCGAUGACGAUGACGAUGAUUUGUUCGCUGCCAAACCAAAGAGCAAACCAGCUGCCGCACCAAAACCAGCUUCAAACCCAUUGGGUGACGACUUGUCUGAGCCAGCACCUAAAGCAGCUGCUUCCGACUCUGAGAAAUCUUCAGAUGAACAGCCCGCCGCUGCACCAAAGGCAAAGAAACCAGUCGGUGGUGUUAAAUUGUUUGAUUUCGGUGGUGACGAAGAUAUCUUGGCCAUCAAGAAGAAAGAUACAACCCCAACUAAACCUAAAGAAACAGCUUCUGCCUCUACCAGUACCGAUAGCGAAUCCGAUCUCUUUGGAGGUAUUUCAACAAAGAAAACAGAUACAAAGAAGAAUAUGACAUCGGAUAUUCUUGGACUGGAAGGUGAUCUUAUGGACAAGCCAGUACUCCCAGUAAAGAAACACAAGCCAAAGACAUUCGAUGAUUCAUCCGAUAUUUUAGGUUUGGGAGAAGCUGCCAAGCCAGCAGCUACCACCACAACUACCACUGCUCCAGAAAAGAAAACAAUUUCAGAUGACUUUUUCAAUUUAUCAUCAGCUGAUGACAUAUUAAAGGCACCACCAAAGAAGCAAGCAGCCGUCGAAGAGAAACCAGCACCAGCUGUUUCGAAACCAAGUAAAUCAAGUUUCUUUGACGAUGCUGAGGAUCCUUUGGUAACACCACCAAAGAAACAAGCUGCUGUCGAAGAGAAACCAGCUACUGCUGCCCCAGUAGCUGAACCAACACCAAAACCAUCGACUGAAGUAGAUUCACCAUUGGGCUUGGCAACUGCAGCUUCAACACCAACAUCAACCCCAGCCGUUUCCAAACCAAGUAAAUCAAGUUUCUUUGAUGAUGCUGAUGACAAUCCAUUGAAAACUCCACCAUCCAAGGCUGCAGCUGAUACUAAGCCAACUCCAGCCGUUUCCAAACCAAGUAAAUCAAGUUUCUUUGACGAUGUUGAUGAUGGUCCAUUGAAGAAGACUGCUUCUUCAGAUCCCGAUUCAUUGUUUGGUGGAUUGGGUGGUAGCUCUACAAAGAAACCUGCAGCCACUACAGCAGCCCCAGCCAAGAAGGAUUUCUUUGGUGACCUCGAUUCGCCACUUGGAGUAGCUGCUCCAGCUACAUCCAAACCGACAGCAUCAGUUUCAUCACCACUCGGAGGUGAUGAUAGUUUAUUUGGAGGAUCUAUUUCUGUUUCUAAACCAGUCGAAAAGAAACCAACUGUUAUAGCCUCAUCAGAGUCUGCAUUCGAUCCACUCAACCCAACAGCAUCGACUACCAGCACCACAUCCAAACCAAAAUCCAAUGACUUCUUUGGUGAUCUCGACAAACCAACAACAGCAACUAAAUCAGAUUCAUUGUUUGGUGACACACCAAAACCAGCCGUCUCAACAAAACCAAACAAAGACUUUUUCAGUGAUUUCGAUGAAAAGCCAACAACCAAACUCAACAAAGAUGAUAUAUUUGAUGUUCCAGUUGAGGCUGCCAAACCAGCAGUCGCUGAGAAACCAGUUGUAAAACCAACUGUUGUUGCUGAGAAGCCAGUUGAGAAACCAGCUGCCAAGAAGGACUCACUCUUUGAUGACGGUAUGUCAUUAGGUUUGGGUGCAGCCAAGAAUAAAUCACCUCUUGAAGAAGCAAAGAGCUCCGGAGGUUUGUUUGGUGAUAGCGAUUCAUCUUUGCCAAUUUCAAAGCCAAGAAACAAGUCCAUUGGUUCCAUGUUUGAGGCACAACAACAAGCUGCUGCCAAGGAGAAAGAGGAAGCUGCUGCCGCUGCUGCACCAAAGAAGGCACCAAGUGGAAAGAUCGGUGCACUUUUGGGUGUUUUAGCAUUGGACCCAUCAAAGAUGGCACCAGGUGCAGCCCCACCAAGAAAGAAGAAAGUUGAAACAGAUGAUGAAGAAAACAGUGCAACAAGCAAUACCGAAAAGAGUGAUACCGAUGACAACAGCGGUAGAGAGAGUCCAUUCCCAUCGAGAGGACGUAGUGGUAGCGAGAGUAGACCACGUGAACGUUCAUCAUCAUCAGCAGACGAAUCGGCUGGUGAUUCCGCUCAACUUACACAUGUCACCAAGAGUAGACCUAAAUCUGCUGGAAGAAGACCACCAUCAAGAAAACCAAGUGCUGCCGCUACUGCUAGCAGUGACUCGUCCUCCAAGGCAUCAACCAUCACACCAUCAAAUGAACCAUCGAUCUUUGACAGUAUUCCAACACCAACUACAACCACCACUCCAUCUACUAAAUCAACAACCACCGCUUCCACUUCUGAGGAUUCACUAUUGGGUAUCCCAUCAACAAAGAAAACAACCACUUCGCCAACAGAAACUACCACCAACGGAAAACACACCAAUGGUUCAACUAAACCUUCAUUGUCAUUGGAUGACGAUGAUGUGAAACCAGCUACUAAAUCAACAACCACUAAAUCAACCAAAUCAACUACCAAAGCAACACCAGAUUCAAUUUUCGAUGACUUGCCUUCAGUUCCCACAGUCAAGAAGACAACUAAACCAGCAGCAAAGAAAACUACUACUACAUCAACCAAGAAGGAGGCUGACAAUCUGUUUGAUGACAUUACACCAUCUAAGCCAGCUGCAAAGAAGAAGGCAGCUGCAGAUGAUCUUUUCGAUGAUAAACCAACAGCAGCACCAGCCAAACCAAAGGCUGCAAAAUCAAAGAAGGCAGCUGCUAAUGUUGAUAGUUUAUUCGAUUAA